AUGCUUCAAGGAGUGGUGAAAUCUGAAAACUCUCUUAAUUUACUGUUAACAAUCUCUGCUCUUUGCAGACCAUCUCCUGUUCAGUAUAAAAUAACCAGUGGUAAUAUCGGUGGUGCAUUUGGCAUCCACAACUCAACGGGUCUCCUUUUUAUAGCCUGUUCACUCGACUACGAGAAAAUCAAAAAAUACGAACUGCGUGUUACAGCGUCCGAUAAUUUUAAGGAAAAUUACACAACGGUUGUGAUAAACAUAAGAGAUGUAAAUGAUAAUUCACCGAUUUUUGAAAAAACUUCAUAUCGAACUCAAAUCACUGAAGAAGAUGACCGUGCGCUUCCGAAGCGAGUUUUAAAGGUUACAGCCAAUGAUGCUGAUGUAGAUAGACCGAAUAACAUAAUCUAUUUUUUAACCGGACCUGGCAUUAAUGCUGAAAAUCCAUCCGAAAGCAACUUUGAUAUUAAUAAAGCGACUGGUGAAAUAUUCGUAUUGAAGCCUUUAAAUCGCGAUCCACCACAUGGCCGUUCGCAGUGGCGUUUCACAGUGUUCGCACAAGAUGAAGGUGGCGAAGGACUUGUCGGCUUCGCUGACAUACAAAUAAAUUUAAAAGAUGUUAACGAUAAUGCGCCCGUCUUCCCACAAGGAAUUUACAAUGGAAACGUAACUGAAAAUGGUACUGCAGGAAUGUACGUCAUGACGAUGAAAGCUGACGACUACGAUGAUAUCAACGAGGGAUUGAAUGCCAAAUUGAUUUAUUCGAUUGAGAAGAAUGCCAUUGAAGAGGAAACAGGGCUUCCAAUAUUCGAAAUUAAUCCCGAUACGGGCGUGAUAAAGACGUCAGUUUGUUGUUUGGAUCGAGAGAAAACCCCCGACUACUCAUUACAAAUUGUGGCAACUGAUGGAGGUGGUCUCAAGGGAACAGGAACAGCUUCCAUUCGUGUAACUGAUCUUAAUGAUAUGCCACCGCAUUUCACGAAAGAUGAAUGGUUUGUCGAGGUUGAAGAGACGGAUGGAAGUGUUCUUCAUGAUACGCCAAUUCUCACUGUUACAGUCAGUGACGACGACGAAGUCAACAAUUUUCAGUAUAAGAUAAUUGAAAGUAGCGGUUAUGGCGCUGAUAAGUUUACAAUGAUAAAGAACACUGAUGGAACGGGUAGUCUGAAAGUAAUUCAGCCACUUGACUACGAAGAUCCUAUGCAAAUGAACGGUUUCAGGUUUCGUAUUCAAGUGAAAGACGAUGAGAAAAUCAAUGACACUGACAAAAAUCAUAUUGCACACUCCUGGGUUAUUGUGAAGCUUAAAGAUAUCAAUGACAACACACCGAAAUUUAAGAAACCUUUUAUUGAAGCAUCCGUUUUUGAGAGUGCUGAGGUUGGCAAAGUUCUCGGUACAUUCAAAGCAAUUGACUUGGAUAAAGGAGGCAAAGGUCGAUUGACUUAUCUGAUUAAUAGAACAUCUGAUAGACAUCGACAAUUUGCAAUUAAUUCUGAUGGAGUUGUUACGAUACAACGUCCAUUAGAUCGUGAAACAAGCGCACGUCAUGAUCUUGAAGUUCUUGCAAUUGAUGAUGGAAUCCCGCCAAGAACAGCAACAGCUUCUUUAAUUGUUAUUGUGAAAGAUGUGAACGAUAAUGCACCGGAAUUUGCAGAGAAUUAUCGUCCGAUUGUGCCAGAAAAUUCGCCGCCUAGAAAAAUCAUUGAACUUCGUGCAAUCGACCGUGACGAUGCAUUGAGAGGUAAUGGGGCGCCAUUCCAAUUCCGAUUGGAUCCAGCUGCUGAUAGUAUUAUUCGGUCAUCAUUUAAAGUUGAACAGAAUCAAAAAGGAGCUAAUGGGGAAGGAAUUGCGAUUGUCUCAUCACUUUCGUCAUUUGAUCGUGAACAACAGAAGGAGUAUCUACUGCCAAUAGUAAUUAAAGAUUCAGGAAAUCCGGUCAGAACUGGGACGAGUACAUUGACAAUUGUUGUGGGUGAUGUGAACGACAAUAUGAUGCAUUCAGGUGCGAAGGAGAUUAAUGUUUAUAAUUAUCUUGGUCAAGCACCCGAUACACUUAUUGGACGAAUAUUUGUAAACGAUUUAGACGAUUGGGAUUUGGAAGAUAAGAAGUUUUAUUGGAAUGAGAUUGAGAAUCAUCGAUUUAAAAUCGAUGAAGAGACUGGCAUGAUUACAAUGCGACGUGGUGCACGGGAAGGGAAAUAUCGUUUGAAUUUCAAAGUCUACGAUCGAAAGCAUAUUCAAGAAACAUCUGCCAACAUAACUGUUUCUGUUAAGCAUUUGCCCUAUGAAGCAAUUGUUCAUUCAGGUUCAAUACGUGUCGUUGGCCUAACAGAUGAACAAUUGAUUAAUAAUUGGGAUAGCAAGAUGCAAUUGACUUAUCGAAGUAGGUUAGAUAAAUUGCACGAUAAAUUGGCUGAAUUACUAAACAUAGAUAGAAAGAAUAUUGACAUAUUCAGCAUUCAAUUGAGACAACAACAGCCGCCCAUCACCGACAUUCGUUUCUCAGCUCAUACGCAAAUCUUCUACAAGGCUGUACGUCUUAAUGGAAUCGUUUUAUUGCAUAAAGCUGAUAUUGAAAAGAGUGUCGGACUGAACAUCACGAUGGUGAACAUCAAUGAAUGUAUGGAUGAGAACAAUAAUUGCAAUGGUUCGUGCUCGAAUCGUCUUGACAUCAAUUCCAAUCCAUAUGUGGUUAAUGCUAACAAAACAGCUUUCGUUGGUAUUCACAUCAAUGCAUCGGGCAAAUGUGAGUGCGAUGCAAAAAAUUUCAAUAAAAUCGAAACAUGUCGGACACAUCCGUGCUUGAAUGGUGGAAAAUGUGUCGAGAACAAAUAUGGCAUUAGAUGUUUAUGUUUGCCAAACUAUUCGGGGCCACGAUGUCAGAAAACGACAAGAAGCUUUCGUGGUAAUGGAUGGGCUUGGUAUCAGCCACUGGACAUGUGCGAUCAUUCGCAUUUAAGUUUAGAAUUUGUGACAUUAAAAGCCGAUGGUAUUCUUAUAUAUAAUGGUCCCAUUAUUCGUCCAUCGAACAAUGAAACUGAUUUGUCAGAUUUCGUUGCACUAGAGUUAGAUAAAGGAUAUCCACGUCUUCUACUUGACUUCGGUUCCGGCACCACAGAACUAAAGAUUCAAACAAAGAAACUUCUCAAUGAUGGUGAGUGGCAUCAAAUCGAUGUUUUCUGGGACAUGGAAAAUGUUCGAAUGGUUAUUGAUUUCUGCAAAUCAGCAGAAAUAACGGAAGCUGAUGAUGGCACGUCACCAGAAAUUGAUGACACCUCUUGUCAAGCGCAAUCAAAAAUAAUGCCAUUCAAUGAGUUUCUAAAUGUUAACACUCCAUUACAAGUGGGUGGUUUGUAUCGUGAGAAAUUUGAUUACAUCAAUUCAGAGCAAUGGCAAUUUUCUCCCAUCGGAGAAUCAUUUGAUGGAUGCAUUAAAAAUAUAAAGCACAAUGGAGUUUAUAUUGAUUUAGCGCAUCCAGGUUUAAGUAAGAAUACAGCGCCGAAUUGUCCCGUCAUUCAAGAUAUAUGUUACAAUGUUCACCCGACAAAUAAAUGUCUUGAUCACGGCACAUGUAUUGGAAGUAUGAACGAACCUAAAUGUGAAUGUCAUCCGGGAUGGACUGGACAUACAUGCAACACGCAAACCGUUCCAACAACAUUUAAAUCCCAAAGCUAUGUUAAAUAUGCUUUAAGCUUUGAACCAAAUCGUUACAGCACGUCACUUCAAAUGCGAUUUAGAACAAGAGAGAGAUUUGGUGAAAUAUUUCGGAUGAGUGAUCAACAGACACGCGAAUAUGGAAUUUUAGAUAUAUAUGAAGCAAAGCUUCGUUUUCGUUAUAGUCUUAACUCAGCACAGAUAGAAGAACAACAAAUCGGAUUAUUGUCUGUUCAUGUCGAUGACGGACAAUGGCACUUUGUAAAGAUUCAACGUUAUGGGUCGGCAGUGAUGAUGGAAAUUGAUGGCGGUGAAGGAAAGAAUUACAAUGAAACUUUUACAUUUCAAGGACAUCAAUGGCUAGCGAUUGAUAAACAGGAAGGUAUUUUUGUUGGUGGCAAGCCUGAGUUCACUGGAAUGAAAUCGUUUGAAGUCAAUUUCGACUAUCAGAACAGUUGUAUCGAUGACAUAAGGUUGGAUGGAAAGAGUUUACCACUCCCGCCACAUAUAAAUGGAACACAAUGGGGACAGGCUGUGAUGGCGAAGAAUAUUGAACGAUAUUGUGCAUCAAAUAAUCCGUGCUCGAAUGCAUUUUGUCCGGAACCGUUUGAAUGUGUAGAUUUAUGGAACAAGUACGAGUGCAGUUGUGGCGAUGGUAUGGUUGUUUCGUCCGAAGGCAAAGGAUGUGUUGAUCGUAAUGAAUGCCUUGACAUGCCGUGUUUGAAUGGUGGAACAUGCAUAAAUCAAGAGCCUCGAUUGCGAUAUCGUUGUGUAUGUCCUGAGAAUUUCUGGGGUGAGAAUUGUAUGUUUAUGAAAGAACGACAAGCCCUGAAGCUCAGCACAAGUGCCUUGGCAGCCGUUAUCGCUUGUUUACUAAUCAUCAUAAUUUUAUUAUUUUUAUAUUUUUCGUUUAAUCGUAAACGAACAACAACAAAUGUCAAAAAGCCUGUUACAAAGGAUGACAUUCGGGAGAAUAUCAUUAAUUAUUGUGACGAGGGUGGUGGUGAGAAUGAUGUGAUGGCCUUUGAUAUGAAAACGCUGAAAAUUCCGAUAGGUUCACAACUUCCAGAGCUUGUUCAACAUAAAGGGACAUCAAGACCAGAUAUUGCCGUAGUGUCAGAUCAAAUUAUAAAAGUUGACACGACUGUUUUGAAUGAAAGGAAGUGUCGUAUUCAAGAAAUUCAUGCGCCACCGUUUGACGACUUAAGGAAUUAUGCUUAUGAAGGUGCUGGAAGCACAGCGGGAUCAUUGAGCUCGGUACUCGACUCGUCAGGGACUGACGACGAGCCCCACGAGUACAGCAAGUACUUUAUGAAAUGGGGCCCACAAUUCAAUAAAAUAAUGAAAAUUUACGCUCAUAAAUCAACCAACAUCGAAGAUGACGAGAUUAGCUAAAAGUGAAUGAAAUUUCUAUUUAAGUUUACGACAUGAAGAAUUUUAUUACGUUCAUUGUUUAUCAUCACAAUUGAUUCCUAAGAGAAUAAAAUAAAAUAUAAAAGAAGGAAAAAUGUUGUUUAUCCAAUUUCAUUGCAAGAGAAAGAAGGAAAGAAAGGAAUAAAGAAACAUUAACAUUUGUACAAUAAAAAAUUUUCCAAGACAUGAAGGCGAACAUUGAUGUUGAUGACGAUGAUGAUUAUGAUGAUGAUGAUUAAAUGCAAGUUUAAAACAAAGAUAAAAAUAUUCUUCUUCAUAUUUUAGAAUAAUCAAAAAGAUAAGAAAAGACAAAAGAAAUCAAAUCAUUCGAACAGGAAUAAAAGACAUUUAAAUAACUAUAUAAAUAAAUAUAAUAAAGUAAGAUGAUGAAAUAUGUAAAUAAAUAGUUCUUCAGAUGGCACAGAAAAAUAUCAAAAGACAAAUAGAAAACAAUAUAAAAAAAACUGCAUUAGACAUAAAGUUUAACUGAAGAAUGUUUGUGUCUUGUUUAUUUCCAUUUAUACAUAAUUAUGAUGAAAAUGAAAAAAGCAGAUUUUCCUAUCAAAUAUCUCUUUUUAAGUUGUUUAAAUUGAAGAUCAAUGAUGAUGUUUUCAGACGUUGAAAUUAUAUAUUAAAAAAUUGACUUAUGCUUGUUAUCUAAGUUGUUGUGAUAUAAAAGCGAGUGUCGCUUGAGAUUACAGUUUUAAAUAAUUUAAAAAAUUAUUUCAAUAAAUUUUUAUACUUGCAAUCAAUGAAUAUUUAAAUAAAAUAAAUUUAAACACAACCCAUUUAUUGUAAUGAUUAUCUACUUACGUAAUAAAAACUAAACUGUAAAUAAAAAAAUAAGUUUCACUAAUUGUAUAGGAUAAAUAUAAUUCAUAAGAUACAAUUUUAAACAUAAAAACUCUAUAUAGCGUAAAAUAAACUAAUUAACAUUUAAAAUUUACGAUGAAAGUAAAAAUGUCAC